AGCAACAACAAGUCCCGAGGAAACGGGAAGGCGAAAACCGCAUCGCCGACCGGAAACGGAUAGCCAGCACCAUGGGUCAAGUUUCACUUGACCGAGGCGGAAUACAAGUGGCGCGGCCGCUACGGCUGUUGCUAUUGGUGCAACAGCACCAAGCACAAGACCUCCCAAUUCCCGGAUCAAGGCAAGGAGGAUGUUCGGCCUCAUAUCAACUCGGGAAAUUGAGUUCCGCGGGAGGUGAGGCGACUCCACCUCUCACUCCGCCAGAUUCGGCCGCCUUGCUAGCGGCCUCCUACACAUCUGGGGAGGAUGCGAAUGUCGCAAGUUCGCAGUACACUUACGAGAACUAUGCUGUCCACUUGGUCCCACCGUUGGACCAACCACUCCACGUGCAACAAUCCACCGCAUGCACGGUUUCACUACCAUUGGCAACCGAGUCGGCAGCUUCGCCGCCAUCUAUAGCCAGGGAUUCGACGAUAUGGUCAAGACUUGAAGAGCUCGACCCGUUGACGUUUGCGGACUUCCAAUGGAUGUCCCUUCCCCGGUACGGUCGAUUGGCGAAACCGCAUUGCAACGUGCUCAUGGCACAAUUGCGAGAUUACUUGCACACUGCAGUACCAACUCCGUUGAUGGACGUCGGAGUAGAGGAUUGUCGACCUUCACAAUUACAUUGCGAAGAUCGACCGCGAGUUCAAGACACAACGAUCGGAGAGGCGACCUGCAGCGCUUUGAUCGAUUGCGGAGCAUCUCGCAACUACAUGAGCCAGGACUUUAUGGUACGCGCCGACCUUGGCCCACGCGUCCGGAGGAAGUCCCAGCCUACGCAAGUCUUGUUGGCGGACGGUCACACGCACAAGUCAAUAGACCGGUGCAUAGAUGACGUCCCCAUGUACUUUGCCCCGCAUGCAAGCGAGGCGGUGUCCUUCGAUAUUUUGGACACCAAAUUCGACAUGAUCUUGGGCAUGUCAUGGCUGCGAAGCGAGGAUCACCCGGUGAACUUCUAUCGCCGCACCAUUCACGUUCGUGAUCGAAACGGAGUACUAGUCCCAUGCACGGUGCCUCCUCCUCACCCUUCGAUCAGCUGCCACGUGGUGUCCGCCGCAAGCAUGCGAGCUUCCAUCAUCAGAGACGACAUCGAGGAGAUGGGGGUGUGUUUUCUCCACGCCCUCCCGCCCCAUGACGCUUCAUCGACGGACUCAUCUUUGGACCCACGCAUCACGGAGUUUCUCGACGCCUACGGCGAUGUGUUCGAAGGCCCGCACAGAGUAGUACCGGAUCGGCCCAUUCGCCAUGAGAUCAUCCUCGAGGACGGGGCUGUACCUCCGCGUGGUUGUAUCUACCGAAUGAGCGAGGAAGAGUUAAGUGUGCUGCGGGCACAACUCGACGACCUUCUGGAGAAAGGCUGGAUUCGGCCUAGCUCAUCGCCAUACUGUGCUCCUGUUCUCUUCGUCCGAAAGAAGAACAAGGAUCUGCGGUUGUGCAUCGAUUAUCGCAAGCUCAACGCGCAAACGGUCAAGAACGUCGGCCUUCUUCCACGCAUCGACGACCUCCUUGAACGACUGGGCGGUGCCAAGUUCUUCUCCAAGCUAGACCUCAAAUCGGGAUAUCACCAACUCGAGAUCCGGCAGGAGGACCGCUACAAGACCGCGUUUAAGAUGCGAUAUGGGCAUUUCGAAUGGCCGGUUAUGUCGUUUGGCCUUACGAAUGCCCCAACCACUUUCCAAGCGGCUAUGACAACGGAGUUCCGACACAUGCUGGAUCGAUUCGUACUUAUCUACCUCGACGACAUUUUGGUGUACAGUCGGAGUUUGGACGAGCAUGUGGAGCACCUGCGCACCGUUUUGAAGCGGCUACGACAAGCCAAGUACAAAGCCAACCGCGACAAAUGCGAAUUCGCGUGGCAAGAGCUGGAGUACUUAGGACAUUAUGUGACGCCGCAAGGCAUCCGUCCGCUUGCGGACAAGAUCGAGGCAAUAUACGUAUGGCCCGAGCCCACCAACACCACGGACGUUCGUUCAUCCAUGGGAUUGGCGGGCUACUAUCAGCGAUUCAUCACCGAAUACUCAAGGAUUGCCGCACCUAUGACGAGAUUACAAUCGCGAAAGGUGCCAUUCGUAUUCGAUGACGACGCACGCCGGUCAUUCCAAGCACUUAAGACGGCCAUGCUCAUGGCACCCGUCCUUAGCAUCUAUGACCCCACUCUGCCUACGAGAGUGACAACUGACGCUUCCGGCUAUGGCAUUGGGGCAGAGUCCGGCACAAAGAUGAAACCAAGUUCGGCUCGGCAUCCACAGACGGACGGGCAAACGGAGCGGGCACAUCAAACCGCUCAAAUGAUGCUGCGUACGCUCAUCCGUCCGGAUCAGAAAGAUUGGGUUGACCGCCUCCUCGACAUCGAGUUCGCCUACAACACUUCGGUGCACCCGGCGAUCGGCGUGACUCCAUUCGAGUUGCACCACGGUGGACGGAAAGGCCGUAUCUUCGCCGAUCUGCUCCUCCCACGACCAGCCGACAUCGACGCCGCUUGCUCUCCCGCUUCCGUCUGGAAGUACAGGGAAUUGUUGGCUCAAGUCCGCGCGAACAUGCAAAAGGCUCAAGUCCGCAUGCAGCAGCAAGCCAACAGGCGUCGCGUGCCAUGUCCCAUCCGCGCCGGCGAUCUGGUUUGGGUCUCCGCGGAAGAGUUUGCACUGGAACAGGAUGUUUCACGCAAACUGCUUCCCAAGUGGUUGGACCAUGGCCCGUAACAUCAGCUGCGGGCGAUGAGCCCGAUGGCCCUUCAUUUGUGAUCAACAUCCCCCCGCAUCU